ACUCGCCUCCUUUGCUGUCGCCCCGCCCUUUGGAGGAGCCAAGCCCUCCGGUGGACGGGAGGAGACAGCAGGAGACUGAACUGAGGGGAAAAAGAGCGAGAAAAGAAAGUCACCUCCGCCCGCUGGUCCACUAGCACCACCGCGAGCCUCGCCGCAGCUGCUGAAGCAGGCGGGCAGGCGCCACCUCCCCCGGCCCACCUGGUCGCCGUCGCCGGCCGCUUAGCGCGCGGUGCUCACCGUCGGCCGGCCAAUCCCUUUUCCCGCCAAGCCCCCCUCCGCCUGGACAUGGCCUCGCUAGCAAGAGCCGCCUGCCUCCAACUGCUUAUCGGUCUCUUGGUACUAAGUUUAAUUUGUGAAGCUUGCCAGGAACUGACCCUUAAUCUGCCUUCCAAACUAGAAGCUGGGGCAUUUAUUGGCAAAGUAAAUCCGAAAGAGUGUUUCGGGACUUCAGAUCUGAUCAUUUCAAGUGAUCCUGACUUCAUAGUUCUAGAAGAUGGCUCUUUGUUUUCAGCAAAUUCCAUAUCAUUGCCUGCUGACAGAAAUUUGACUAUAUUGCUUAAGGACUCACAAAAACAUGUACAAAAGAAAGUGCAUGUCAUUUUGAAAUCCAAUUUGAAAAAGACUGCCAAAACAGGAGAGACUGUUCUUAGAAGAAGUAAACGAAGAUGGGCUCCUGUUCCAACUACUAUAAUGGAAAACUCGCUAGGACCUUUUCCAAUGCAAAUUCAGCAGCUGUCUUCUGAUACGGCCGAAAAGUACAACAUCACCUAUUCCAUAAGUGGUCCUGGUGUUGACCAACCACCACUGAAUUAUUUUUACAUUGAGAAAGAAACAGGAAAUCUCUUUGUUACUCGCUCAAUAGACCGGGAAGCAUAUUCACAAUUUAAGAUCAUUUGCUAUGCAACGACGGUAGAUGGCUAUACACCAGAGGUGCCACUUGUACAUAUAAUACAAGUAGAGGAUGACAAUGACAACCCCCCAAUUUUUGACCCAAAUGUCUGUACUUUUUUUGUUUCUGAAAACAGCAUUUCUGGUACCAUAAUUGGAGAAAUGACUGCCACAGACAAAGAUGAGAAAGAUACACUACACACUAAACUGAAAUACAAAAUUGUGGGCCAGAAACCUUUGAGUCCUCAAUUUCCCAACCUGUUUCAUAUGAAUCCAGAUACAGGUGCUAUUGUUUUGGCUUCCCCAGGCCUGGAUAGAGAGGGUGUAGAGCAAUACGAAUUACUAAUAGAAGCAAGAGAUAUGGGAGGACAGACUUUUGGUUUGUGCACUACUGGGACAGCCGUGAUUCAAAUUCAAGACAGAAAUGACCAUGCACCCGUCUGUGAACAUAGUAUGUAUGAAGCAUAUGUGUUUGAAAACACAGUUGGUGCAAAAGUAAUAGACAUUGGUGCCUUGGACAGAGAUAUGCCUGAAACACCAGCCUGGCAUGCUACCUUCAAGAUUGUAAAGGGAAAUGAAGAUGGUGCAUUCAGAAUUGAGACAAAUCCAGAUUCAAAUAUUGGGACUUUAUGCGUGGAUAAGGGGCUGGAUUAUGAAAAAACCAAGGAGAGAAGAUUGGAAAUUAUUGUAAAUAAUGAAGAACCUUAUGUACUAGCACCAAAUUCAAGAGCUGUUUCUCAAGGUUCUUGUGUUGUUGUUGUCAAAGUACGGGAUGUGGAUGAAGGGCCAGUAUUUGACCCAUGUGUGUAUUUUUUAAAUAUUAAAGAAUGCUUGCCAGGUGGAACUCUGGUUGGCCAGUACCCAGCAAAGGAUCCAGAGACUGGAAAUAGUGAAGACAUUAGGUAUGGAAUUAUACGAGAUCCAUGUGGUUGGAUCACCAUGGAUGAAAGAGGUGAAAUCAGAACCACUAAGUUGUUAGACAGAGAUGCACCAGCUAUGCAAAAUUACCAGUGUAAUGUCACAGUUUUUGCUACAGAUCGAAGUGGCAAAACAGGCACUGGGACAGUAGUGGUUAAUCUAGAAGAUGAAAAUGAUAAUUUCCCAGUAAUUGUUGAAUCAAAUCGGAUCAUGUGCAGAGACAAAGAACCAGUUUGUCUUACUGCUGUGGAUGCUGAUCUGCCUCCUCAUACUGUUCCUUUCAGUUUUCAAAUUGCUGAUACAAACUCAGAAUGGAAACUGACACAAAAUGAUGAGAGAUCUGCAUACCUGGUACCACAGAAGGACAUUCAGUAUGGGAUUUACUCUGUCCCAGUUAUGGUAACUGACAAUGCUGGAAACCAUGGUGUCACUGUUGUAAAAGUUCGUGUGUGCGAUUGUAUAACCCCAAGUGAUUGUCCUGACCCCUUCCCACCUCGUGAUAUGGAGCCCUAUCAAACUCCUAAUGUUACCCUUGGACUUUGGGCCAUACUUGCAAUGAUUUUGGGAUCAUUGUUGCUGCUAUUGAUUUUGAUAACACUUUGUGGCUGCUGUGGAGCUGCACCUGUGAGUAAGCAUGUGUGUGAUGACUUAGCUAACCAGAACUUGAUCAUAUCUAAUACUGAAGCCCCUGGAGAAGAAGUAAUGGACCCCAAUAUACUUCCUGUGAAAUCAGGAAAUUUGGUUACUAGUGAACAAGGGGCUGGCCUUGGAGUAAAAACUGGUGGACAAGAAUGCUUUGAGAUGGUCAAGGGAGGAGGACAUCAGACCAUGGAAUCACUUGAAGGAGGAGGGCUUCACACCUUACAGUCAGUAAAAGGACAUCAUACUAUGGAAUCUGGAAGGGGGUAUGGACAGCCCAUGAUGGAUACCUAUAGAUACUCCUAUUCAGAAUGGCAGAAUUUCACACAUCCUCGCCUAACUGAGAAGGUGUAUCUGUGUGGACAGGAUGAAGAGCAUAAGCAUUCUGAAGAUUAUGUCCUUUCAUAUAACUAUGAAGGAAGAGGAUCACCAGCUGGCUCUGUAGGUUGCUGCACUGAUCAGCAAGAGGAAGAGGCACUGGACUUUUUAGAUCAACUGGAACCCAAAUUUAGGACAUUAGCAGAAACCUGUGUCAAGAGAUAAGUUUGUUUACAACAGCAAAAAAUCUUCACCCUUUCUGUAGGAGUGGCUGUUGUAAAAUUUCAGUGGAUUUUUCUUUUUCUUUUUUUUUUCAUUUUCUUGUGGGAGUGGUUAAUCAAAAGCAGGGCUUUUUUUCAGGGGGAACGCGGGGGAAUGGAGUUCCGGAAUCUCUUGAAAAUGGUCACAUGGCUGGUGGCCCUGCCCCCUGAUCUCCAGACAGAGGGGAGUUGAGAUUGCCCUCCAUGCCGCUCGGCAAUCUAAAAUCCCCUCUGUCUGGAGAUCAGGGGGUGGGGCCACCAGCCACGUGACCAUUUUCUCUGAGGGCAACCCACUGAGUUCCACCACCUCUUUUCCCAGGAAAAAAAAGCCCUGAUCAAAAGUAUACUUUAACUUUGUGUGGCAGUAUCAUUGUUUCUAUACCUAAACUUCAGGAUGCUAUAUAAUUUGAUCUGCGUGCCACACUAUCUUGGACUUGCUUUCUUUCAGCGUCUUUAAACAAAGUCAAUAUUAUAGGCAAGCUGCGUUGUAAACAGCAAUAGAUAUUCUAUUUUUUCAGCAUUUACCUUAACAAGAAGACACAGUGUAUUAUAUUAGCAAGUUAGCUUCAAAAUAUACCAGAUAUUUGGGCCUGGGUGGUAGAAAGUUGUUUGAUUCAUCUGAAGAUUUCCUUUAGUUUUAUAGAAAUAAAUGCUAAAAUGCUAUUUGCUAUAUGUUAAAGUAGUUGUUGAUUUCUUACAUUCAUGAUAAGAAAAUCAAAAUUUUAAAAUUUUAAGUUCUUCAAUUAAAAUGUAUUAGAUCAUUUGGGCAAAAAUCCUUAAGUUAGAAAACUGACUUUUAGGGGAGAGAGGAAAAAGCUUAAUGUAUAUAUGUAGCACGUGUUGUUGGUUUUUUUUUAAAAAAUAUAUAUACUGAAUUUAUGUUUAAUGCAUUUGCCUGUACAGGGUAUGCUUGUACAGCCAUUCCAGCUUUCCAAAUGUGACUUUCCUACAAUACAGUAGAAACAAUAGAAAAGGUUAGUAAUACAUCAUGAGAUAUUAAAUUAAUUCCAGCUAAAACAGUGCUUUCUGCAACAUUUGUCACCUAAUGAAGAGCUUGGAAAACAUAUAUUGUAUAUUCCCAAAUUAUAUUAAUCAUGUAGUAAUUGCAAAUAUGACUUGAGCAAAAUAUCUAGCACCAGUCGCCACUUCCUGUUGCUUCUUCUCAUCAAGUAAAGUGGAGACAAGCUGAGAAGGGGAUAUGUGGUGAUGGAUGUUUUGCCAUUUGCCCUGAAGGUUCUGUUCUGAGGAAGUGAGUGCAGACUUAUUCCCUGCAUCCCUAGAAUUUAUUUUCCGGAUUUGAUACGGAUUGUAAAGAGAGGCUGAAAGAGACAAAAACUUUUGUGUGGCCCUAUUACAUAGCCAAGGAAGCACUCCUAAGCAGAUCAGCUCAGAAGUAAACUACAUUUUAUUCAGUGGGGCUUAUUCCUGGGAAAGUAUUCAUUGGAUUGUAGCUUUACAGUGCAUUCCCAAUCAGUUAAUCCUCCUGAGUCUGUUGAAGUAGGUAGGUUUAGAAGGGCGUAAUGGUGCUUACGGCUGCACUAAUACAGUGCCAUCCUAAACAGAUCCACUCAGAAUCCUACUGAAGUCCAUUCAAUGAGGCUUACCCUCAGGGAAGUAUUCUUAAGAUUACACUGUUAGCGUCCCAAGCAUGUACUUAAUCUGCUUAAAUACAAAUAUUUUGGUAUAAACUACGUUGUGCAUUAUGAAUUAUGAUUUUCCCUAGUUCGUCUACUUUCAGUCUUCAGUUAGAAUUAAGAUAUGCUUCUCUGAAUCUUUAGAAUUCAGAGUUGUCAUCAAACAGUGUUCAAGUAAGUACAAAUGUCUAUAUUACAGUUUUUUUAUUCAGGGCUCUAUCAGGUGUGGGGUUACAUAGUCUUGUGUCUAGCUUAUAAAAGCCACUGGUUUGUCUACUUUAUGUAUGCACUUUUUUCUUCUCUAAAUAUAUACCCGUAAGUACUAAACAGGCCCCACUCCAAAGAUAGGGCUGCCAAGAUUCCCACUACGGUGGGAUGUUUCCUGUGAGCUGUCUCUUUUGCCACUACUGCUCCAAGCAGUAGUGGGAGAAUUUAAAAAAACGCAUUAGCAUCAUGUGAACUAUGACAUCACAUCUGGAGAAAACCUGUCAGUUAUUUUGGGUAGCUCUAGGAAUUCCUGGAAACUCUGUGUGGUUUUGCACAGUAGAAUUGCUGGCAAUUCCUAGUUCUCGAUAUCAUAUCUGGGUUUUCCCUGGAAGUACCUUCACAGCACACAUGAUGCCAUGUCCCCCAUGACCCUACCCAUCAAGCUCCUGCUGGUUGUGACUAGAUGCCACUAACUGGUACCAAUUCAUCACUAAGACUUAAGUUAGUAAUAAAUUACUCCUUCCAUUGUUUUCAAUGGGAUAGUUGCAACUAACUCUAGCUGCAUCAGGUCUUAUAACUAAUUUGACAACAGAAGAGAUGGGACAAAACUAACAAAAUGGGUUAUGUCAAGCUUUGUAUUGUAGUAUGUUUUUGUUUUGCAAAAUUAUACAGGAAAGAUUAUCUGAUUUGCUUUUAAAUUUUCACAAAAAGUAAAACCAAAAUGAUAAUCAAGAACUUCUCUGGCCACUAAGAAGGCAAAAUUUAAAAGUAAGCUUAUCAGCAGCAAAACGAAAUGAUAUUCUGAACCAAUAUUGAUAAAAUGAAAGUGUAAAGCCAAAAGUUCCAACAGACAUACUUGUUUUUUGAGUUUCUUUGUAUGUUUUUGUCUGGGCGUUCUAUGUUCAGCUUGAGAAAAAUGUAUUUUCUUAAUAGUGUAGCAUUGGUGGUAUUGCCAUAAAAUAUAGCAGCUCUAAAUCUGACUUUGUAACUCUUUGUAAAAAACAUUAAUGCAGAAAAUGUUAACUGUGAUCUAUUAUAAAUGUUUUAAUUAUGCAAUUGAAAAAAAUGUCUAACAUUUAAACAUAAGAAGAACAUUAUGUUUAUUUGAUGGAGAAAUGUGAAACCUUCACAAUUACACUAGUGCUUCAAAAUAUGUAUAUAGUUUUUAAAAAUGAGGACAAAUUUAAUCUUGAAUUCAUCCCCCUUCCAAAUAAUUACUUAUAUUCAUGCCUGUUUUGUUAACAAUUUAUUUAGCAGCCCUGUAAACUGCAAUAGCCAAUGAUCAUAGGUCCUUUAAAAUAUUGAAAUAAAAGCUCUCUCUAUGUGUAUGUGUGUUUUUCACUGAAUUGGCCUUUGAAAAAUCAUUAUCAGCUGCCCAUCUGUAAUAUGGGAAUAACAACACUGCCUUGGAUUACAGGGGUGUUAUAAGGACUGUUGAGACAUUGGCUUUGAAGUGCUUUGACUGCUCAGGAAAAGUGUUAUAUAUAAAAACAAAUUAUUAUUAUGCAAUUUAUUAGCUUGGAUAGGGUUUUUGGUGUGUGUGUGUGUGUAUAUAUAUUUAAAAUAAUUGUUUUUUCUUUAUUGCUUGUGCAUCACCUGGGUAUAUAAAGACUUAGAAUUUUAAAAGAUUACAAGGUUUUGCAAAACAUUCAUUUAAUUCUGUUAGUCUGGUGCCUUUUCACACUGGGUAUUCUAGGGCUCUUUGGAAACUUGUAUUCCUCACUGAGAAGGCGAGUAACAAUGGGUGUCAGAAACACAAGCUUGUCCUUCCCACCAUCACUUUUUCUUGCAGUGUGCAGUGCACACGGUGAAGCCUAAUUGGUUUGUCCAGAGCCCCUGCAUGAAGUGUGUGUCGCAGAACUUGCCUCAGAACUCCAUGCAGCAUGCACCAGGGUUCUUUGGCAGAGAAACUGACAUAGAAAGGGUUCCUAGUGUUACAUCUUAAAAACCACUGUACCAAGCAAUUCCUUUGAAUUACUAAAUUUGCAGAGAAAAAGAGAAUAACUUAUGAUUAAAUUUUAAUAUAUAAAGUUUGAGAGUUUUGUAUUAAAUAUUUAUAAAACUUUCCAAAAUAGUCAUAUCCAGGGCUCAUUUAGAGGGGCAACGCGCAGGAACGCAGUUCCGGUAGUUCCCCAAAGAGGUCACAUGACAGGUGGCCCUGCCCACCUGACUAUCAGCCAUUUUGGGUGCGUUUUGGCCUGGAUUAGGGCCAAAAUGGGGCCGAAAUGGCCCAGAUCAGGCUUCUGAUGGGUGGAUCACUCUCCUGCUCAGCAGUGGCCUGAUCCUGACCAUUUUGGGCCCAUUUUCAGCCAUUUUCAGUCCCUUUUUGCUAUUUUGGGCCCAAUUUCGGCCCUGAAUAGCCAGGAUUGGGUCCAAAACAGCCAGGAUAGGUGAUAUCAGGAGGUGUGGCAUCUGCAAAUCAGUCUUGCUAAUGAUACACUUCCAGUAAUGGCAAGGGGCAUGGCAUAUGCUAAUGAGUUAUGGUAAUGAGUUCCUUCCAGCUCUUUUUCUAUGGAAUGACCCCUGGUCAUAUCUAAUAUAUUACAUUUUUUAUUUCACAAAUUGAAACUGCUUUGAAUCAAAUUGAAAUCAAUUUGUUCUUUCGACUUGGUUCUUUUAAAGAACUACUUAGUUGUGUAAACAUCCUGUUUAAUUUUGCAUUUUGAAUAUAUUUUGUACAACAGUUAGUAAUAAAGUGGUUUUUAUUUGAGAAUAAAGGGACCUACUACAGGACUAGUUCAUUUA